AAUAUGCCCAUUGUAAAAUACCCCAGGGCUACAGAGCCUCUCUGGCAUGAAUGGGACAGGAAAGCACGGAAAUGUGGAUUAAGACACACGGUCUACGCUGUGAAUGGGGAUCAGUAUACUGGAGAAUGGCUGGACAACUUGAAACACGGUAAAGGCACCCAGGUAUGGAAACGGACCGGAGCUAUUUAUAGCGGGGACUGGAAGUUUGGGAAGCGGGAUGGUUACGGCUCAUACAGCAUUCCUGACCCCAUAACCAAGGAAUACAAGAAGGUGUACACAGGCUGGUGGAAGAACGACAAAAAAUGCGGCUACGGGGCCACGUUUUACCCCGGCGAAGAGUGCUACGAGGGCGAGUGGAGCGGCGGGCUGCGGAGCGGCUGGGGACGGAUGUACUACCGGGACGGAUCCAUCUACGAGGGGCAGUGGCUGGCGGACCGGCCCGGCGGAGAGGGGAUGCUGCGGCUGCCAAAUGAAAAUCGGUACGAAGGAGGUUGGAAGGAUGGAAAGAAGCAUGGCCCAGGGAAAUUUUUCUACUUGGAUAAGGGACAGUUGUUUGAAGGUAUCUGGGCAGCAGAUAUACCAAAAUGUGGAAUUCUGAUUGACUUUGGCAGAGACGAAGCUCCUGCCCCUACUCAGUAUCCAAUCCCAAAGAUUGAACUAGCUGAUCCAGAUGGUGUUUUAGCAGAGGCCCAGGCAAUGUUUGAUGACAGCCAAAAUUAA